AUGUACGCAUCUAUGUUUCAUACGUCAAUUUCCGGAACUUCCAACGUCUCUGCUUCCGAAACUGACAGUUCGGAGGUUCAACAUCAGACUAGCUCAAAUAGAAAUGAUUCUACCGAGAGUGAUAGCAUGGAUGUAGAUGAAGCCAGUGAAAAAACUGAAAGUAUCUCCAUGGACUGGUCCAGAGAAUCCGACAUCGACAAAUCUGCAAAUUUCACUUCUCCAUCUUCCGGUCAUGGAUCCCAGUCUGCCAAUAAACCCAGGAAACGUGGAAGACCCCGUGGGGUCCAGGUUCAAAACCACAAGGGAAAAAGCGCCAAAACGUCUACACCUCUCAGUAAUCCUGACGCUUUGGCAACAUCUUGGGCACCCGAUUUACAGCUCUCUAAUUCACUUCUGUCGCAAAACUUCUCCGAAUUUGGGUCGCCCAGCGAGUCUAUCCCCGUGUCAUCCUCUGAAGAGCCGAAUUCACAACGCACCAAUCUACGGCGCUCCAAUCGGAUCCGGUCACAAAGCGUAUCAAGGACCGUAAGCUCAAGUGUCAUAGGAUUGCCGAUAAACUUGCAAACAAACAAAAGUAGAGGCCGGGAUCGAAGCAACACUAACACCACAGUUUGUGGACGUGCCACAGCCUCGAAAGGCAAAGCGGACAUUGAUAAAACAAUGUCAGAGACCUACGCUAGGCGAGGAAUUUUCAAGGCUGUCUUGAAAGGCUGUCCAACCUUCCUACGCCGAGUUGAUGCGAAAAUCAGAGACGAGAUCAUUCAAAGCCUCACAGGGACUCCAACAACCAAAUGGUCUGCGGAGAGGGCUCUUGACCUUGAAAUAUAUCGUGCAUGGCUCAGUUAUCUGAAUUCAGAGUUGAAUAAUUGGUAUGGCCAAUUCUCUGAAACUAGUGGUGUUCCGAGUGGCAGUCCUAUUCUUCCUGGAAUGGCUGCAAGGGUAUACUCAAAGAUUGAACGCUCUGUAGUGGUUGAUGUACACGAUCUUAUGGGUCAUAUUAUUGUGAUGCCUCAUCCGCCCGGCCACCUUGGGAUUGGGCAGGAGACACUGGGUAUUGUGGGGCUGCGGAAUAUUGAUUCAGCAGCUGUACAAUUAUGGUCUUUCUCGGAAAUUAAAGAUGUCGUAUAA